ACUUUUGUGCACUAUCGCUCAGUCUAGUUUCAUCUAUCGACAUGAUUCCUCGAGGUUUCGUUCUUCUUGGCCUAUUCCUGGCCACGGUGGUCUCUGCCACCCAAAGAUCCUACGAUGGCUUCAAGGUGUACAACGUCCAGCAGGAGACGCAAGCCCAGGCUGAUCUGCUCUUCCGAAUGGCUGAAGCCAACCACAAGCUGGACUUUUGGUUCCUGAGCAAACGAGUUGGCGACAAUGCCACCGUUAUGGUGCCUCCGGAGGAUCAGGAGCGGUUCAUGGCUUCGCUGGAAAAGUAUGGGCUGCAGUUCACUGAGUUGAUUCAUAACGUGGAAAGCACUCACGAUGAGUACACUUCAACGGCAACGCGUCACGCGUCCCUGCCCGCCCACCGCAACAUCUUGACCAGCUACCUGCGUCACGCCGACAUCAACGCUUAUCUGGACGAGCUGGCCAGCAAGCACUCGGCAAAAGUAGUCGUCCACGAGGUCGGCCGUUCCCACGAAGAUCGCGCGAUCAAAACCAUCACCAUAAACCCAGGCAAGGACAAAGUGAUCUUCCUGGACGCAGGAAUCCACGCCCGCGAGUGGAUCGCCCCUGCGACGGCCCUGUACGUGAUCGAUCAGCUCGUCAAGCACAACUUUGAGGGGGAUGACGCGCUGAGUUCCGUCAGCUGGGUGGUCCUGCCGGUGGUCAAUCCGGACGGGUACGAGUUCAGCCACGAGCAGGACCGUUUCUGGCGCAAGACGCGACGCCCGUCCGGAAACUGUGCCGGAACCGACGGUAACCGUAACUUUGCCUUCCACUGGGGAGAGGUUGGUGCCUCGGCGCAACCUUGCUCGGACACGUACCGCGGAGAAGCACCCUUCUCCGAGCCGGAAACCACGAUCGUGCGCGAUGAACUCCUGAAGCUCAAGGGAAGCUGCAAGUUCUACCUGACGCUUCACUCGUACGGAAACUACAUGCUCUACCCGUGGGGUUGGACCGACGACCUGCCGGCGACCUGGGAAGAUCUGGACGAAGUUUCGCAAGCCGGUGCCGCUGCAAUCAAACAGGCUACCGGCACGCGGUACACGGUGGGAAGUUCGACGAAUGUGCUUUACGCUGCCGCGGGAGGUUCGGACGAUUGGGCGUUCGCAGAGGCUGAGGUGCCGAUUUCGAUCACCAUGGAACUGCCCGGAGGCGGAAACAGUGGGUUCAAUCCGCCGCCGUCGGCGAUUGAGAAAAUCGUUAAGGAAAGUUGGGUCGGAAUCCGGGCUAUGGCGGAGAAGGUGGCGGAAAAGUACUGAAUAAAUAGGAAAAAAA